AUGAUCCGGGCCAUCCGAGCUUGCAAGACUGCAGCAGAAGAGCGGGCUGUUGUAAGAAAAGAAUGUGCGGCCAUUCGUGCAGCAAUAAAUGAAAAUGAUAAUGACUAUAGGCAUCGAAAUCUGGCUAAGCUAAUGUUCAUCCACAUGCUUGGUUACCCCACUCAUUUUGGUCAAAUGGAAUGCCUCAAGUUGAUAGCAUCUCCUGGAUUUCCGGAGAAGAGAAUAGGUUAUCUUGGCCUCAUGUUGCUUCUUGAUGAAAGACAAGAAGUUCUAAUGUUGGUCACCAAUUCUUUGAAACAGUAUCCAGUUCUUAGUCAAAUUGGACUUGCUCUUUGUGCUUUAGGAAACAUUUGUUCAGCGGAAAUGGCACGUGAUCUUGCACCAGAGGUUGAGAGAUUAUUGCAAUUUCGAGAUCCAAAUAUUAGGAAGAAGUUUCUUGUAAUAAAGGCAGCAUUAUGCUCUAUAAGGAUCAUAAAGAAAGUUCCAGACCUGGCAGAAAAUUUUAUCAAUCCUGCUACUUCCUUACUUAGGGAGAAACAUCACGGGGUUUUGAUCACUGGGGUUCAGCUUUGUACAGAUCUGUGUAAAAUUAGCACUGAGGCUCUUGAACAUAUUAGAAAGAAAUGCACAGAUGGUUUGGUCAGAACUCUUAAGGAUCUAGCGAAUAGUCCAUAUUCACCAGAGUAUGAUAUUGCUGGUAUCACAGACCCAUUUCUCCACAUCAGAUUGCUUAAACUUUUACGUGUUCUGGGUGAAGGUGAUGCUGAUGCAAGUGACAGCAUGAAUGACAUACUUGCCCAGGGGUGUGGAGUUAAUGAUGCAAAAAUUAUGCUCCAGCUUAAUGCAUCAAAGGACUAUCUUGAUGUCGCAACGAAGACCGAGUCAAAUAAAGUAGCAGGGAAUGCCAUUUUAUAUGAAUGUGUUCAAACAAUAAUGAGCAUUGAAGAUAAUGGUGGCUUACGUGUACUAGCUAUUAAUAUCCUGGGAAGAUUCUUGUCAAACCGUGACAACAAUAUCAGAUAUGUGGCAUUAAACAUGUUAAUGAAGGCUGUAACAGCUGAUGGUCAGGCAGUACAGAGGCACCGUGCAACAAUUUUAGAAUGUGUGAAGGAUUCAGAUGCUUCAAUUCGGAAAAGAGCUCUUGAACUUGUUUAUGUUUUGGUGAAUGAUACUAAUGUGAAGCCCUUGGCAAAAGAGCUUAUAGAUUAUCUGGAAGUCAGUGAUCAUGAUUUCAGAGCUGACCUUACUGCCAAAAUUUGCUCAAUUGUUGCAAAGUUUUCCCCAGAGAAGAUCUGGUACAUUGAUCAGAUGCUCAAGGUUCUGUCUGAGGCUGGAAAUUUUGUAAAAGAUGAAGUAUGGUAUGCCUUAAUUGUUGUGAUAACCAAUGCUUCUGAGCUUCAUGGAUAUACAGUAAGGGCGUUAUACAGAGCAUUUCAAACGUCGGCCGAACAGGAGACACUAGUUCGAGUUACAGUGUGGUGCAUUGGGGAGUAUGGUGACAUGUUAGUCAAUAAUGUUGGAAUGCUUGACAUAGAAGAUCCAAUAACAGUGACUGAGUCUGAUGCAGUUGAUGUUGUAGAGAUUGCUAUAAAUCGCCAUGCGUCAGAUCUGACCACAAAAGCAAUGGCUUUGGUUGCAUUACUAAAGCUCUCUUCACGUUUCCCUUCAUGUUCAGAGAGGAUCAGAGAAAUUAUUGUUCAGUUCAAAGGGAGCUUUGUGCUAGAAUUGCAGCAGAGAGCUAUUGAAUUCAAUUCGAUUAUUGCGAAGCAUCAAAAUAUUAGGUCUACGCUUGUAGAAAGGAUGCCAAUUUUGGAUGAAGCAACUUUCAUUGGUAGGAGGACUGGGUCUCUGCCAGGUGCAGCUUCAACUCCAGCAGCACCUUCAGUCAGUCUACCAAAUGGUGUAUCCAAACCUGUUGCUCCUCUUGUAGAUCUACUCGAUCUAAGUUCAGAUGAUGCUCCGGCACCUAGCUCUUCUGGUGGAGAUUUUCUUCAGGACCUGCUGGGUGUUGAUAUUUCACCAGCGCAACAAUCUGGAGCUGGCCAAGCUUCAAAAAGUGGCAACGAUGUUCUUUUGGAUCUUUUGUCUAUUGGAUCGCCUUCUGUCCAAACCAGCUCAUCUUCAAUAGACAUCUUAUCCUCCAAUUCCAGUAACAAAGCACCAGUUUCACCAUUGGAUGAUCUCUCGUCUGUUUCACUUUCUUCAAAACCAACUUCGAAUGCUGUGCCUAUGAUGGAUUUAUUGGAUGGUUUUGCCCCCAGCCCACCAACAGAAAACAAUGGACCAGUUUAUCCAUCUAUAACUGCAUUUGAGAGCAACUCCUUGAGUUUGACAUUCAAUUUCUCAAAACAACCAGGAAACCCACAAACAACAGUUAUCCAGGCUACUUUUACGAAUUUGACCUCUAAUACAUUUACAGAUUUUGUUUUCCAGGCAGCAGUUCCAAAGUUUCUUCAAUUGCACUUAGAUCCAGCAAGCAGUAAUACUCUUCCUGCAGCUGGAAAUGGAACCAUAACCCAAAUUUUGAAAAUUACUAACAGCCAACAUGGGAAGAAAUCGCUUGUCAUGCGUACAAGGAUAGCGUACAAGAUAAAUGGCAAGGAUACAUUAGAGGAAGGACAAGUCAAUAAUUUUCCUCGUGAUUUAUGA